AUGAACGAAGAAUUUGAUCUUAACGCUAUUGACAAUUUCAUUGAGUAUCCUGAGACCCUUACUGCUACUACGGCGCCAUCUGUGCCACCUUUGUUUACAAGUCUGGUAGAUGUGGAGGGUCAUAUGCGUUGUGUAAUCAACGCCAUCGAUGGCCUGUAUGGGGAGGGUGGUUUGGCAGUAGUUGCAACCGUUCUGGAACAAGCUUGUGCGAAAUAUGUACCACACCGACUCCAAGCAGCUAUGGAUCGUAUUAAUGCGGAAAAAGAAGGCAUGACCGCUGUGAACACGGUGGGUGGGACUGUCGAAGAGGUGGCUGCUUCUUUGACUGGCUGGUACCGCCUUUGUGCUGCUGACCCAAAGCACCACAAGUAUUUCUACUCGGUGGAACUAUUAACAAUUGUGAAAAGUGACCCUGUGAACUGGUUGCCUUGGGGUUCACCGUUGGUGACAAGUUUGGGAUGGAAGAGAUCGAAAUACUUUCGUGUUAUGAGAGCUUUAUGUCGUCUAGACUGGAUGGUUGGACUUGUGGGUUUGUCGGGUGCUCGUCUCAUGAUUGAGAAAGUACGCAUUGAUUUCUUUGAGGGUUCGCAAAACCGAGACUGGGAGGAUUGGACAGCGGUGAUUGGUAGUGACGAGGACAUUGAGUUCAUGAAGACGGUGGGUACAGUAGAUACCCAAGACGACCUUAUUCACGGUGCUUGUUCUGGUUCCAGGGCGCAAACAACUUCUCGUUUAAAUGGGUGGAUCUUGAAUAGAGACAGGUGGAGGCAUUGCACCGAAACCUUGGAUAAGCAAUACGUUAGCUGCAGACAAGUACUUCUGAUCUACUUAAGAAUUUUUGUGACGGAUUUUAGACCAUCCCUAGGUAGUAAUGUGCCUCCAGUUUUAAAUAGUGUUGCAGCCAAUCUAAAUUGA